AUGAAACAAUACAUUGAUGCGAUUACUGCUUAUGGACCCGGGCUCGGAGUUUAUACCCCAUAUUCUUAUGUGGAUAUUUCUUAUGAUAACUUACCGGGCAUUGGAAAGAUUCCAUUGUUGGGCAAAGAGGGUACCGCUUCUCGACUUGGGAUUUCCCCGUUUUAUCCGCUCAAUGGAAACCCUGGAAACCCAUUACCACCACUUUACAAAGCCCGACCUUUACCCCCGAAUAUCCCCGAACCGGCUGAUGUGGUGGCCGUUCCAUUAGAUGAAGAGGCUUUACAUGGAGAACCGCUGUUUCCACCAGAAUUGACAUUACCCGGUGAGCCUGAUGGAUUCACGUCAGCCACAAGUGAAUCAUUAAAAGAAUCGGGAAACGAAAUUGAGAAACCGCCAAUCAAUCCAUUUGGGGAUAUCAAAGUUACGGGAUUGCCCCCCGAUGGAGUCGAAGUAAAAGAUAAUUUGAGAGACGGUGAUGUUACAAUCGGAAUGAAGAAUGAUGUCAAAAAGGAUAUCUCAGGCGAUACCUUAUUCUUUGAAGAUAGUGCUAUCGAAAAUAAUAUUGAUGCGCAAAAUAUGAAUGAGAAGUUGAAAACUUAUAGGAGCCCCUUUGCUGAAGUAAUUCGACGAAAACGGAUUAAGAGAAUGAUCAGACUCAUGCAC